CUUAGGUUAAAGCAAUAAGACCGCAUUUCGUAAAAUUGUUGUAUACGUAAAAGCAAAGAUUGAGUAAAGAAACUGUAAUUUAUCCUUAUACUAUAUUUCAAUCGGCUUCACCCUUAUCGUAACGCGAACGAAAAUUUUCACCUUUCUCGCAACCUUAACCUUUGAAUACUAACCUUGAAAUGAAACUAAAAGUGAAAUUCUUGCUCUAAGAUUGAAACAUGAUUCAAGUAAAAGCAGUUGAAUCAAUUUUAUCCAGUCUCACAUGGUCUGUUACAACUCCCAAUGAAAGUUUUAAAAGAAACUUUUUCAUUUGUGCCCGGAAAAAAACAGAUAAUUAUAUUUUUCAAGUUGAAACUUUGGAUAUUCACAGAAACGACAAUAAGGAACCCGAAUGUUUGUUGAAUUCAAAAAUUAAUUUAUUGAAUUCCCCGGAAACAGUAUCUGGAAAAUUAUUAAAUCCAAACUUGACAACAGAAGAGCAGAGUCUCUCCAAAUUCUCGAGUAAUGAAAACUUGCCAAAUUUGCACGUUGUCAAACCAAAUCAUCCAAAUUGUAAAGCACCUGAAGAAUUGAUAUUAGAAGAAGUAGAUCAAAAAAAAAAUUUUACAAUUGAUCUUCUGAAGAAAAAUUUCGAAAGAAAACAAAAUUUUCGACCACGGAUUCAAGCACCCGGAAAUUGGAGACCUCUGUUUUUAAACUGGCUUAACGAAAUAAAGGCAAAGGAUGAGGAUCCUGAAAAAGAAAUCCAAAGGAGAAUUUCUAGUAGUGUGCUGGAGAAACCAAGGAUUUAUUCAAUCGGUCUCAAGUAUUUCAAGUAUCAAGAUGAAAAGAAUCAAAGUUUUCUCAAAGAAAUCAGAAAACUAAAAUCCUUUAAAAAAGAGAUAUUUCAGAUUCAACCCUUUUCACUCUACAAAUCCUCUUUUCGAGGGAAUUCUCCAAAGGUGAAAUCUGAAUCUACCCAAUGCUCGCUAAACGAAAAUGCAACAAAAUCCCCCAAUAUAAAAUCCUCCAAUCUAAAAGAACCGAAGAACCGUUUGGUGCCUUUGCACCAAAUUGAAGGUGUUAUCAAAAAUAGUUCAAUACCUCGAAAAAGAAAAGAAAAAGUUAGAAAAUCGACAUGGAAAAACGUUUCUGAUAAAUCUACUUUUGAUAAAAAAAAUCUGAAUUUCAGUUCCAGGAAGGAAACAACAAGUUCUGAUGAAGAAGAAUGGAAAAAUUCGCGUCGAAGGCACCGAUCGCUUAGAAAAGAAAAAAGUAUCGAAAAAUUAGAAAUCAUUUUACCAACUAAAAAUGCGGAUCAGUCGAUCAUUUUUUGUGAGGAUACUCUUACUGAGAAACUCAAUCAAUCUUUUUCGCAACAGGAGUCAGUGGAGGAGGAAAAUAUUUUCCCUGAGAAUUAUAAUUCAAGUUUUUGCAGUACUGAAUUGAAAAAGUUGGAUAUGAUGAAAAAGUUUGAACAGAUGAUAGUUAACCAGAAUUCGAGAGAUUAUGUGGAGUCAGAGAUUUUGAAGAAUAUAAAAACAAGGAUAGAUGACGAUUUUGUAAACAAUUACUCUGUGGGAAAGAAAACUUUAAAUGGGAAUCCAGAUUUUUUAAUAGAAGGGAGAAGAAAGUUUUUAGAUCAAAAGAAAGUAAAAUUAUUAAAGGUUCCUGAAUCGAAAAAAUCGAUAAAAAUUUGCGGAAGUGAAACAGCUGAUGAGCUAAGUUUUAAUCGACCAAGAUCAUCAAAAAAGGAUUUACUCGAAUCUGUUGAUUCUGGCGUUCUCACAGAUUUUUCAACGAAUGAUCCUCGAGAAAUGUCUUUUCGAUCCAGGAAUAAUUGUUUACUAAUUGGAGAAAGUAUUUCUUCAAAAGAGGCAAAAUUGUGGAAAAGAUUUCCUUCUUUUGAUUCAGAUUCUGAAGGUUCUUGGUCUAAUGAUGAGGCUCAAUCGAGGAAAAUUGGAAAGGCUGUGAAAAGGUUUACUGAGGAAUUAAUUCUUUGCGAAAGGUGGAUAAAAGCUCGAAUCAAAAGUAAAUCUAUGUUAAGGGAAGAUAGAGAUGAAAGAAUUACAGUUUCGAGAAGACGAAGAAAAUUUAAGAAGAAGAAGUCAAAAAGCUCAUUCGUCAACAGACAUACGACCAGCUCCCAAGAUUUUUCAAAGACCUCGUUGCCGUCCAGCGAAGAGGAUUUCUUCCUGAAUAUCUCCACCCCUUCGCUUCUAUCCUUUACGGAUUCAGAAUAUGAAAAAUCCGCCGAGUGAAGAAUACCCAAAGAAAUCUAUUAUAUAUACUUAAAUAUAGGUCCUUUAAGAAGUGGAGAAUUCUUGUGAAAAG